AAAGGUGUUCCCAAGGCGGACAUUAGGGCCAGCGCUUUCCAUUUCCUCGCUAGAUCUACACCAUCCUCGCAAUCACCUUUCGAAGUCACCAUAGGUACAGUAGAUCGCAGUCCUUCUGUAGUCAGUACCCAACCUGUUCAACGAGGUCCGUUCAUUACCGGCAAAAUGCUUCAGCGUGUUCCGAAGGUUUGGCCAAGAAUCUUCCCCAGAUGGAAGGUGGAAGCUCGCUGCGUACGUUGCAGGAAUAUCACACCUGGAAGGACUCUUUGGACAACCGCCACGUCGAGCUCUUCCUCCCUGGAAGAUGCCGUCAGGAGUUGCAUAACAGCUCUCGAAAACCGCCACACCGCCAAACCCGCAAGUUUAUCCACCAACAUUUCGGAAACAGGACCGCCCGCCCAAACGAAGCCGCCGGCACUAUGCAUCGUGCUCGCCACAACUCACUAUCCAAAGCACCACCUUGAAAGUCUCGGCGAGGUGGUUUCUCGAGUCCUCGGGCCUCGUGCCCUGAUCGGUGCAGUUGUCGACCUCGUCGGGCGAAAAGGCGAAUUAAACGGCCCAGGACUGAAUAUAACCGUGAUGGAAGACGACGAAGCAGCUCAAGUAGUCACGUACCGAACAGACGAGGAUUCCGUUCGGCACGUCAAGCAGAAAUCGGUCGGACGGUGGCCGGAUCUCAUGCGCAGCCGCGGGUCCGCUGUGGAUGACGGGGAGAACGGCGCGGAAGGGUUCGACUGGAAGCGGUUUACCACCGUUUCGAUGGGGGGUGGGAACGUGCCAUUGCCAGAUGAGCUGGAGGCCGUGCGGCACUCUGAACCGCCAGUCUUCUUGACGUUUUCCGAUCGGGAACCGCACCAGUUCCUGCAGACUUUGGACAGGACCUUCCCCAAGGCUGUUAAAGUGGGUCUCAUUGGCGCAAUGACCCCUUUCGCUACCGGCCGACCUCACACGCUGUAUUAUAAUGACAAAGUGUACUCGGGAGGGGUCAUUGGCGCCGCGUUGCUUUCGAAAUCGCUGCAACCCAUAGCAAGCACAGGGUACACUGAUUUGGAGGAUAUCGGCGAGCCUACUGUGAUAACCAACGCACGCGGAAACAUCAUUCUGGCUCUUGAUGGGACAAACGCCGCAAAGGAGCUGCUCGGGUUCAUGAAGGAUCGCGAGAUGAACAAGCAUGUUUCCGCUGAGAAGCAGCUGUAUGUACGAGUGGAGGAUGGGAAGGGGUCGACGGUGUGCCGGGUGACUGGUGGAGACCCUACGAAGGGGACGUUGGCGUUGGAUACGGUCAAGGACUUGGAAUCUGGGAUGGUUGUUCGGUUUCUACAUUACGUGGGUGGGAAGGUAAAACCCUUCACUGCCGGGACGGGCGUGCAGGAUACGGACCUCCAGUUUCGGUGCACGAAUGCGGACAGAGCGGAGUCGACGGCUGUCACCUCACCUGCCGCAAUUCCAAAUGCUGCGGCUACUCUGGGUACAAGUAUAUAUGCCGGGACCGAUGGUGGGUUUGUGCUGGGCAGACCAGCUUCGGCGGGACGCGCCGCGGAUGCCGGACCUUUGAAUGCGGUUCAAGGCUCUUUGGUAUGCGAUGUACCUGGCUCAGAACUCCACUUAUGCAUAGAUCAACGUACAACAUAGAUACACAUUUGAUCAACUUGGCGUAUUCGCGAACGGACGCAUGCAUAUAUUCGGC